AGCUAAAGCUAAAACUAAGCCAAAAGCCAAAGCCUGCCAUUUUGACUAUCAUAGUUUUCUCUCUCGUCUUUUCUCUGGUAUUGUUUUGGGGUUUCAGAGAUCAUGGCGUCGCAAGAACACUUGGACAAGAUGAAGCUCCGCCAGAACUAUCGAAAUCUCUGGCACACCGAUCUUAUGCACACCAUUCAACAAGACACUCCUUAUUGCUGCUUGGCUCUUUGGUGUGGACCAUGUGUAUCCUACAUGCUCCGGAAACGAGCGCUUUAUAAUGACAUGUCAAGGUAUACAUGUUGCGCUGGUUAUAUGCCAUGCAGUGGUAGGUGUGGAGAACGUAAAUGUCCUGAGUUUUGCCUUUGCACCGAGGUUUUCCUCUGCUUUGGAAACUCUGUGGCUUCGACCCGAUUUCUGUUGCAAGAUGAAUUCAACAUUCAAACAACAAAAUGUGACAAUUGCAUUAUUGGUUUCAUGUUUUGCCUGCAACAAAUUGCCUGUAUAUUUUCCAUUGUUGCAUUGAUUGUUGGAAGUGAUGAGAUUCAAGAUGCAGCACAGUUACUGAACUGUUUGGCCGAUAUGGUCUAUUGCACGGUCUGUGCAUGUAUGCAGACACAACAUAAGAUCGAAAUGGACAAACGAGAUGGAAUGUUCGGUCCUCAACCAAUGGCAGUACCCCCUGUUCAGCAGAUGUCUCGCCUUGAUCAAGCAAUUCCUCCUGCAGCUGGCUAUCCACCAGCAGCAUAUGGACAGCCUUAUCAACAGCCUCAAGGUUUCCCACCAUCUGGAUAUCCUCCUGCUCAGUACCCUCCAACUGGCUAUCCAGCACCUGGUUAUUCUAGGUGAUCUUUCUCUGGUUUACAAUUUGGUUUGAAUCGCCUGAGCCUGGGUUACGAGUCAUGGAUGGAAAUUCAAUGUUGCCUGUUGUUGGGGUUUAUAUAUAUAUAUAUAUAUAUAUUGUGGGAUUUGCUUUUCACAUUGCUGAUUUGAACAGCUAAAGGUUUAAACUUUGAGACUACAGCUUGUUUAUUGUCAAUAACUUUUGUUUACUUCAUGUU